AUGUUUUCCGACAUUCUUUGCCACUUAACACUCGCUUUAAUUUUAUCAUUUUGUACACAAACUAAAAGUGAUUUUACCAAAAUUUGCCCAUUUGUUUACACCGUAGAUUUAACGGAAUCGCCAUUGCUAGCGAAUGGUUCCUAUUUAUAUCACAAUGACACAGUCAUACCGCCCCAAUUCGUAAGGGACUAUAAUUACACGAUACUCAUUGAUAAAAAUAAUAAAAAUUCCAAAAAUAUUCGAACUCAUAAACGCGGUUGUAUUUGUGCUGUCAAACAGUGUCUGCCAUUUUGUUCCGAUGAAAUGGACAAGUUUUAUGAAAAAUUUAAAUCACCGCCUGUUGAUCAAGGCUUUAUUAAAAAUGUUACGUUUAGCGGUGGCCUUGUGCUGAAAAAACAUUUACUUCACGAUUUUUUCCCAAUAUAUGGAAAUGUAUGUGAUAUUGAAAAUGGCUAUAUGUUGUCACCGGAAGUGGAGGAACACAAUGAAUGGACUUUGUAUGAGAAUAGCAUAUUGCUGCGGCAUCAUGAUCAGCGGAAUCUUACACUAAAAGAAUACUGUUUUGAUAUAGAGAAACGUGGUGAUCAGUUUUUAAUAAAUCCAAUAGUUUGUGGCGAAACCAUCGAUAUACCCUGGUUCAAAAUAUGGGCAAUGGCAUUUUCAAUACCAUUCCUAAUAAUCACCAUAAUAUGUAACUGCUAUUUUACACAAACUAUUGAUGCCAGAGGUAAAUGUUUUAUCACGUAUCUGUCCUUUGUCAGCCUGUCGUAUACACUGAUAUGUUGUUACACCAUAUCGGGUGUAGACUUAUCCAGUAUACCCUGUCAAUUAUUUGGCUUUACUGUUUAUUACACCAUUAUUGCGUAUCUAACUUGGACCUGUAUUUUAAGUUAUGACACUUGGAAAUCUGUGACAGAUAUGAACUAUAAUGAUCCUUCCUUUGGUUAUUAUUCUUUGGUUGGUUUUCUGAUACCAUUGGUAAUGACUAUGCUAACAUUUUUGGCUCACAUUUCAACUUUACCGGAUCAAUGGAAGCCAGGCAUGGCUGGGGAUGUGUGUGCUGUUGAUACACUACGUUGGUCUGCCCUUAUAUAUUAUUAUAUACCUUGCACAGUGGUAUUCGUUUACAGUCUGAUUCUAUACAUUUGGAUUGUGGUCUUUAAGAAGAAACAUAGUGCGGAAUUAAAGAAAUUAUUUGGUCAGGGACCGGAGCCACUGCUAGAAAGAUUCGCUUUACUUUUCCGCAUAUUUCUGUUUAUGGGAAUAUCAUGGUCUUUGGAUAUUUUAUCAUAUUUCUUUCGAAUGGCCUUUGGGGCUCAGGAAUAUUUCAUUUACAUUGCACUUGAUCUUUUCAAUGCAUUUCAUGGUUUCUUUGUAUUUGUAACAUUUAUUUGCAAAAAAUCGGUUAUGAAUAAAAUCAAGGAGAGACUAGCCUUAAGAUAUAACAUUAAAUCUAAUUUAUUAAAAAAUAAAGAUAACAUAAAGUAAACUUUUAAAA